AUGGGGAAGAUGGCAGAUCAAAUGUCAGCGAGAUGCCACAAAUGUCACCAGCACGCUAAUAAAAUCCAUUCCCCAUCCGUCGCUCUCUCGAUCUUAAUGUCUCCAUGGUCGUUCGCGCAAUGGGGUUUGGAUUUGAUCGGAAAACUCCCAACCGCUCCCGGACAGUAUAAGUAUGCCAUAGUGGCUGUAGAUUACUACACCAAGUGGGUUGAAGUAGAGCCGUUAAGUCGGAUAACCACCGAGAAUGUAAAGAACUUCCUCAUGAAGAAUAUCUAUUGUAGGUUUAGUAUCCCAGAAACAAUCGUAACAAACAACGGUACACAAUUUAAUAACCCGAAACUCAUAGAGUUCACCGAGGGCAUGGGAACACGAAUGUUGUUUGCAUCGAGGCUCUUGGAAACACUAUGGGCCAUCCGAACGACAGCGACGGAGUCAACGGGAGAAACCCCCUUCAGCCUUGCCUUUGGCACGGAGGCUGUCAUCCCAAUUGAACUGACAGUGCUAUCGGGAAGAGUCGAAGGCUACAAUGAGGACACCAAUGCAGAAGGCCUCCAGCUGGACUUGGAUCUCAUCGAGGAGAAGAGAGACAGGGUUGAUCUGCAUAACCAAGUGUACAAGCAACGAAUUGCCAGACAUUAUGACAGUAAGGUCAGGCCCCAAUCCUUGGGCCUGGGAGACUGGGUGAUGAAGCGGGUGAUGACCCAGCCAAUAGCCCAUGAUUCAACAUGGGAGGGACCUUAUGAGAUAGUGGAAGAAGUUGGACCAGCAACAUUUUAUCUAAGGGACCGUGAUGGAAUAGUCACCGGGCACCCGUGGAAUACCGAACACCUUAGGUUUUACCUAGUAUAG